AUGAUGCAAGCGCAAGCGACCUUUUUUGGCUCGACUUUUGGCAGAAAUGCUGGUGAAGAUGAUGAUCAGGUUGCAGGAUGGCCCCGCCUGAGUGAAGUGGACCAGAAUGAUCAUGGUGAUGAUGGACAUGAGGAUGGAGAGGGAGAGGGGCCGGUCUUCGUACCUUCAACAUCGGCACCUUCAACUUCUGCACCUUCACCAUCUGCUCAGCGGCCAGGUGCUUUGCGUCGCCCAAAGGAGAAGGUGAAGCUGGCUGAUGAACGACCAGGUCAAGCGGUUGAGCCCAAGAAGGCUUUGAAGGAGGAGCAAAUGGAAUCACCGGAUGUCAAACCGGUUGCCCGGGCAUCAUCUGCAGUUCGUCCACCAGCGGUAGAAGAGGGGAAUUGGCUUCGAAUGGAUGUGCCUCCUGGAAAUUUUGGGCAUCAGAUCAAUCACCUUGGCCAGGCUAUUCGUCCACGUGCUGAACAACAACGUCCUGCCCCAGUACCUCCUCCACCUCCCCCGAACAAUGAGCCUGUGACUGUGAUCCCGGCUGAGGAGGAGUGA